GAGCCGACUAUUCGUUCUCUCUUUCUCUCCCUCAACCAUGGUUCCUGUUUCAGACCCGAGCUCAUUCUCGUCUCCUUCUAGAUGCUCUACCAAGCAUUUACAUCUCAUUUAUCAUGUCGAUUUUGACAGGCAUGUGCUCAAAGGGAAGGUCGCCCUGACUGUGGAAGUUCUGGAAGAUAAAUUCUCUUCUCUGACUCUGGACUCCAAGGACCUAAAGAUCUUCAAGGUUUCUGCAAAUGGCCAGGCGGCUCAGUUUGCUCUGGGGGCUCAGCACAAAUUUAAGGGAACCCCUCUGGAGAUCACUCUGCCUUUUCAGCUCUCACGUGGGCAGCAUGUGAUUGUGGAGAUUGAACAUGAAACCUCGCCUAGUGCCACAGCACUGCAGUGGCUGACUCCCGUGCAGACUGCUGGAAAGAAACAUCCCUACCUUUUCAGCCAGUGCCAGGCCACUCACUGUAGGACCAUGGUGCCCUGCCAAGACACUCCAUCAGUGAAACACACUUACUAUGCGCAGGUGUCUGUCCCCAGAGAGCUGGUGGCGUUAAUGAGUGCAUUGCGUGGCCAGGAACCAGAUCCAGACGACAGCAGCAGAGUUAUAUAUCGUUUCAGGCAGCCGGUCCCCAUGCCCUCUUACUUGAUCGCCAUAGUAGUUGGUGCUUUGGAGAGCAGGGAAAUUGGCCCUCGGUCCAGAGUUUGGUCUGAGAAGGAGUAUGUGGAUGAGGCAGCCUUUGAGUUCUCAGAGACUGAAACCAUGUUGAAGACAGCUGAGAGUCUGGCCGGGCCGUACGUGUGGGGCCAGUAUGAUUUACUGGUGCUGCCUCCAUCUUUUCCAUACGGAGGCAUGGAGAACCCCUGCCUCACAUUUGUCACCCCGACUGUCUUGGCUGGAGACCGGUCACUCGCUGGUGUAAUUGCUCAUGAGAUUUCUCACAGUUGGACAGGGAACCUGGUGACCAAUAGGACCUGGGAGCAUUUCUGGUUGAAUGAGGGUCAUACGGUGUAUAUUGAGAGAAUGAUUGCCAGGUGCAUGGAGAGUGAACAACUCCGGCAGUUUAAAGGCAUAGGAGGAUGGAAAGAACUUCAGGAAUCUGUGAAACAGUUUGGAGCAAAUAAUGUCCUCACAAACCUCGUCCCAAACCUGCAUGAGGUGGACACGGAUGAGGCAUUCUCAUCUGUGCCCUACGAGAAGGGAUUCGCUCUGCUGUAUCAUCUCGAGGAACUUAUGGGAGGUCCAGAGGUCUUCAUGGGAUUCGUAAAGUCCUACAUUCAGCUGUUUGCCUAUGGCAGCGCAACCACAGAAGAAUGGAAGAACUAUCUAUUCACUUACUUUAAAGAUAAGGUGGACAUCUUGAAUAAAGUGGACUGGAAUGCAUGGAUGCACACUCCAGGAAUGCCUCCCGUCAAGCCACAGUAUGACACCACCAUGGCUGACGCCUGCACUUCUUUGUGUCAGAGAUGGGUAAAGGCAAAAGAAGGAGAUCUUGCAAGUUUCAGUGAGGCAGAUGUGAAGAAAUUAAACUCUCCUCAGCUUAUCGAGUUCAUGGCUUUACUACUGCAAGAGGAACCCCUUUCUCUGUUCCACAUGAAGAGGAUGCAGGAGGUAUACCAGCUGAACAGUGUUAAAAACGCAGAGGUCCGCUUCAGGUGGUUGCGCUUGUGUGUCAGGGCACAUUGGGAGGAAGCUGUUUCACUGGCACUGAAGAUGGCUACUGAACAGGGCAGGAUGAAAUUCACCCGUCCUCUCUUUAAGGAAGUUUACAACUUCCCAAAGUACAGUGAUGAGGCAGUGAAGACUUUUAAGAAGCACCGUGGAGCAUUGCACCCCGUCACAGCAAUGCUGGUGGCCAAGGAUCUGAAAAUCGAUAGUUAAAACAUUGGAUUCUGACCAUCUCAAAUACCAGCAGUAUUCAAUGUGCAAAAUUGGCCUUCAGAUAUUAUAACUAGGUAAAUGUGCAUAACCGUUUUCUCCUGAUUAUUCAAAGCUUGCACUUUUUAUAUAUAUCUUGAUGUUUCAGUCUCAGGGUUUUUGAAAGGAAAGUGAAGAAUAUUUAAUUUUUCACUUUUUCAAUUUCCAGUUGUUCAAUGUUUAAAAAAAAAAAAAAAAAAAAAAAAAAACCAUACCUUUUAGUAUGAAUGAUCAACUAUAGCCUUUUAUAUGACCUCCUAUGUAAUACUCUGUAAUAAACAUAUUGUCCAACAAAAAAUACCCAAACAACUUAAGUUUGCUUAUAUCUGGCUGAACAUCCAUGUUCACCACCCACCUUGUCCCUACCAUCUAAAGUUGGUAUUGAAUAGACACUUGCUUAGUCAAAGCAUCUUAAAAGACAUCUACUCUGAAAGGAAUCGGUGCUCUUGGGAUUUGUACUUGGAAACUUUAGAUUACAAGUCUGGAUGAAUGUCCACCUCCCAUCUCUUCGUCGCCCUGAAACAGACCUUUGGUACGCAAGUCAGGAGUGGGCCCACCAUCCUAUUAUCCUCUCUGUCCCUGCCGACUAAAUUCGGUAUGUUUCCAGACAAAUACAUAUCCAAGGAGUCUUACAGUUUUUCCUCAAUCGAUUUGGCAUAUUUACUGAAACAAACUUACAAUUGUCAAAACUCUAGUACAAGCAACAACUAAUACAAUCCUCACAUCACAUGGUACAUUCAGCACACCACUCUGUGACCUGCAAAAGGUGAUUACGCAAAGAAAUU